AUGCUAGCGAAAGACCUGGCAAAGGGGGCGCCGAGGGGGCGCAGUCGGGGCGCUGAGCGGGCGAGGAGGGGACAGGGAGAGGGACGCGGAAGGUACGCGGUCGGGGCGCGGAGUGGGACACGGGGAGCUACCCCAGAGGCGUGUGGACAGGGCGCGGUCGAGGCGCGGAGCCGGAGCGCGCCCCCACAUGGGCUUUACGUCUGCCCUCGGGCUCCCUGCGGGCGGCAGAGGGCCGUGGUGAAACUCCCCGUCCGGCCAGGCCGUUCUGGCUCUAAAGGGAGGUCCAGGGAGUGCGUGCGGGCGGCGUGCUCAGUGCUGGGCUUUGUGCCGAGCCCUGUUCUUUGCAUAUCCCGGUUUCUGUCCCUGGGCAUUACUAUUUCCAGCAUCCUCACGAGGGAUCUGGAAUCCGCGGGCGUCCCCUGCCCAGGGUCAUGCAGCCUGUGGAAGGCAGCAGGGGCCGGGGUGCCGAAUGGAUCGAAUGAGCUUCUCGGGGAUUCCCUGAGCUUGGUGAACGAAGAACCCACCCUGAUGGUCAGGCCUAACCCCACUGCCAAUAGCAGAGCAGCACUAGGCGGAAAUGGGCUGCCUGUGCCUGGCACCGGGAGCGGCAGAGGCGGCCACCCCUGUGGAGGUAGCGCCCGCAGUGCCGAGCUCCUGUGCCUGGGAGGACGCGGGCACUGGGCGACCUGCAGUCGGGCAGAGCUCCCUGGCUUUCUCACAGCGCGGCUCGCAGGAAACAACGCUGUCCCAUGGCACAGUGAAGUAAGGAAGCUAUGGCUGCUCUCAGCCAGAGGCGGGUCUGGGGGAGGGGGCCACAGAUGCCCCGGGAGCCCCUGGACCCUCUGGAGGGUCGGGCGGGGAAGGGGAGAUUUCUGUCUUGACCACACACUUGUAACCCAUUCUUGGCACACUGGGGUACCUUGCCCGCAGGUAGUGCUCUGUUCUCGGGGAGAGGGCACAACCUCUAACCCUCUGACCGAGGCUCUCUGCCUCUCACAAGGAGCCCCCAACACACUGGUUUUCCUCACAGCCUGCUCCAACUGCUCAUAGGAACCUGGAGCCCCCUUCCCUGCCCCAACUGUCCCUCCGUGGACCCCAUUACUCUACUUUCUGUCGAACCCAACUCCCCUAUCCUUUAUGCAGGCUGUCGGGGGCAAUGGUGGUUAGCAUAGGCUAUGGAGUCAGAUGGCCUGGGUUCAAAUCCUGGCUCUGCCAUGUUCUGAGUGUGUGACCUUGGGCCAGUUUCUUUACUCUGCCUCAGUUUUCUCAUCUGUAAAAUUGAAAGAAUGGUGGCAUCUAUCUCAUAGGGCGGCUGUGGGGGUUAUAGCAGGCAGACUGCCACAGGCACAAUGAAUGUCAGCUCUUGUUGCCAACCUCCCCCACACAACACACAGCUUAGUAACUUUACCCUCACCCAACACAUAACACCUAGCUUGUCCCUCAUAAUGAGCUCUCAGCCUAAAUCAGUGCCUUCAGCAAACCUGUGGCUCAGGGCAGGUGGUAAGGUAGACAAGAGCCUGGGGAAGACUCUCUGACUCCACAGAGGCAGUGCUGUCUGCAGCUGGGAUUUGGCCCAGACGUUUAAGAGCCGAGGACUAAGCAAUGCCUGCAUUGCCUGCUAUGUGCAUAUGUCCAGCACAUAGGACAUAUGUGCUGUCAGGCCACUGGCCAGUGGGCACCAUCCUCUGAGCUGGUCAUACGAACACCCUAGGAAAGAGUGCACCCCGUCCUUCAUGUUCUAUCACUGCUCGGCCUAGCUAGGCCAGGCGCAAGG